AAGUUAAGAAACUGACAGCGAGUCAACCCUGCAGCCGCCCUCGAGCUCCACGCACCCAUCUGCAUGAGCGGGUGUUGAUCGUAAGGUGGGGGAUAAAAAAGAAGUAGAAGAAAAGCAGUUGGACAAAAGGAAAGUUGUUUCACUGAACAAAACGUUUAUCUAUGAAACUCUUAUUUACUGACUGACUCCAGGAUCACGUCAAAGAUGGACGACAUUGAUGCCAUGUUUACGGACAUGCUGCAGGAGAUGGAUCUCCUCACGCAGAGUCUGGAAGCUGAAGUUCCCGAGUAUCAGCCAACCCCCGCGUCCAGCCAGGAAAUCAACAUUUCUAUCGGCUUUACAGAUCUCAAUGCCUCUCUAAAUGAAAUGGAGGACAAUGAUCUGGAUGCUCUGAUGGCUGAUCUGGUGGCCGACCUGAACGCCACAGAAGAAAAGUUUGCCUCCGAGAGGGGGACUGUAAAGGAUCCCAUGCCACCUCCACCACCGGUGUCUAUACAUGUUCCAUCAGCUCAUUUCACCCCCGCAGCUCCCACGGCCCCUCCAGCACUCCCACCCUCCCAGUCUAAAGCUGAACUGACCCGUUUGCCCAGUAACACCUCUGGUUUGACCUCUAUCACCAGCAACACUUCAUUACCACCUGCGCCUCCUUCAAACUCUAAGCCUUCUACGGAGGAAAUAGAAGAACAGAUGAAAGCCGACAAAAUCAAACUCGCUUUGGAAAAGCUGAAAGAAGCCAAAGUGAAGAAGCUGAUCGUGAAGGUGCAGAUGACGGACGGCAGCUCCAAGACUCUGAUGGUGGACGAGAGACAGACGGUGAGGGACGUCCUGGACAACCUGUUUGAGAAAACCCACUGUGAUGGCAACGUGGACUGGUGUGUGAGCGAGACCAAUCCAGAGCUGCAAACAGAGCGUGGCUUUGAGGACCACGAGAACCUGGUGGAACCCCUCUCUGCGUGGGUGCGAGACAGCGAGAACAAAGUCAUAUUCCAAGAAAGAAAAGACAGAUAUGAGGUUUUCAAGAACCCACAGAACUUCUAUUUGUGGAAGAAGGACAAGAGGUCCCUAAAAGAUAUGAAAGAUAAAGAUAAAGAGCUCCUCCUGGAGGAGAACUUCUGCGGUCCGUCGGUGAUCGUGCCUGACCUGGAGGGAGUCCUGCAUCUGAAAGAGGAAGGCAAGAAAUCCUGGAAACCUCGAUACUUCCUGCUGCGCGCCUCUGGACUGUAUUACCUACCCAAGGGGAAGAAUAAGGCAUCUAAGGACAUGGUGUGUCUUGUGCAGUUUGAUAAUAUGAAUGUGUACUACUGCCACGAGUACAAAGGCAGAUAUAAAGCCCCCACUGACCACUGCUUCAUCCUCAAGCAUCCUCAGAUCCAGAAGGAGUCUCAGUACAUCAAGUACCUGUGCUGUGACGAUGAAUGGACCAUGCACCUCUGGGUCACGGGGAUCCGUAUCGCCAAGUAUGGUAAGGCGUUAUAUGAAAACUAUAAGACCGCCAUGAGAAAAGGCUCAUCGCUUUCUUCAGUUUGGACGAACCGGAGCCUCCAGCCGAGCCCCACAACCUCCACUGCGUCUACACCGUCUCCAACGCCGAAAGCCAAAGCAGCCAACGGACACGCUCCUCAGCCUCGUUCAGAGCCAACGCCCAAGGCCUCAGCAUUCCUUCCGCCACCUGCAGCUGACAUCCUGCCCCCUCCCCCACCGGACCCCACCCUGCCCCCACCUCCUCCUGCUCCACCCUCCAUGGCUUUAAAGAAGCAGCUCCCACCACGUCCCCAUCAGCAAGCCAUGCCUACUUUCCCUGCUCCACCCUCAGACUUUCCGCUUCCUCCACCCCCGUGCAAUGACAUGGAGCUUCCUCCUGACUUCCUACCUCCACCUCCUCCCAUGAUGUCAGGAGAUCUACCUCCACCUCCUCCAGAUCCGUUCCUCCCUCCUCCUCCGCUAGGUGGAGACCAUCUUCCAUCACCUCCUCCUCCUCCACCAGGUAUAGGUCAGGAUUAUCUUCCACCGCCACCUCCUCCUCCACCGGCUGCAGGAGGAGGUCCUCCACCUCCUCCUCCGCCACCACCAUCCGGAGGAGGAGGACUCAAUCCUUCCACUGGCAGCCUGAGGAAAGUCGCACCUCCACCUCCAAAGAGGACUACACCGCAAAUAGCGGCGCCCUCUGGUGGAGACUUAAUGUCAGAACUCAUGGUGAAAAUGCAGAAAAAGCGAGGCGGGCAAUGAACUUAUGGCAAAUUCACCAUUUUCUUCUGCACAGGAGUUGACUUCUGUUAUAAAACACCUGCUGUAAAUAUAAGGAUUUGUCUGGGAACAUAUUUUAUGGACUAAACCAUGAGUGUUACACUGUCUUGCAUCUUUCUUUUUGUAGGUGAUAUGGAUCUGGGGAAAACAGGAAUGAAAUAUUACAGUUAAUGUAUAUUGAAUGUACAUUUUACGCACAAAUGCUGAUAUUUCUGUGCGAUGGGAUGUGCUUAAAAUAAUUUGUAAUAAAAUAUUAAACAAGAAAUU